AAUGUGUGUGGAAGAAAAAAAAAGACGCUCAGGGGCCGCGUUCCAAUGUUCAUUUAAACUCGGCUCUGCCAAGCCCCCGGCCCGUCUUCCCUUCCGAGAAAAUCUCGCUCCUCAAAAACCUAUUUUUCUCGAAGCACUCACCACCAGACUUCCCCCCUUCACCAUCAUUCAACCGCAGCCAACAAUCGCGACUCGGUGCUUUUGCUCUGCUGCGGCAUGCUCUGACUCUUCUGUAGUAAACUUGCGCAUCCAGAGAACGAUUCAUGUCUCGUCGUUCGCACCGCUCCGUGUGCUAGCUACACGCGUUUUGUCAUCGCAACACAACCCCACGUUUGCCUGCUUCAGGGUUCAGCUUUCUAUGGCCUUGGAGCAACAUAUUUAA